UACAUGCUAUUUCUGCGUAAAUUACAAAUUUGGUAGAAGCCAAAGGCACUACGCGAUAAUGACAUACGAAGCAACAAAUAAUGUCAUUUUACCAGAAGUGCGCUGUGAAGGUGUUCCGGUGCCUCAACCGCCUACACAUACAUUUUCGGCCAAUAUGACUUACGCCAAUACAGAAAUAACAGCGGCGGUUGAAAACAUAUCAGAUAUAAGCUACUUGCCUCCUGGUGGUUUAAACAUAUGUCCUAAUUUGAUAGACCAAGCUUAUUUUGAAGAUCUUGUAAGAGAUUUAGGACUAACAAAAGAGAAAGCUGAAAUAUUAUGUUCCAGAUUGAAAAACAGGAAUUUGAUAAAAGCCGAUGUAAAAGUUACAUCGCCAAGAAAAAGACACGCCGAUUUGGAAAGUUAUUUUAAAAAAUCAGAAGAACUUGUAUACUGUUGCAGUAUUGAAGAGGUUCUAAGAUAUCUAAAGCUUCCACUGGACUCUUCCGCUUGGCGACUAUUUAUAGAUAGUUCGAAACACAGCUUAAAAGCAGUUUUACUGCACAAUGGAAAUCAGCAUCCAUCAAUACCGGUUGCGUAUUCCACAAAAAAGGAUGAAACAUACGCAAAUAUUUCAAAUCUCUUAAAUAAAAUUGAAUACUAUAAAUAUAAAUGGGAAGUAUGCGCAGACUUCAAAAUGAUUGCAAUAUUGACUGGAAUGCAAACAGGAUACACAAAAUAUAUGUGCUUUCUUUGUAAAUGGGAUUCACGUGCUACCAGCAGCCAUUAUCAUAUUAAAUAUUUCGAAGAACGUAAAGAAAAUAUUAUUGGUGACUUAAAUGUAAUCCAUGAAUCUCUUGUCCCAAAAGAUAAGGUCAUACUUCCACCGCUGCAUAUUAAGUUGGGCGUGGUGAAAAAUUUUAUUAAAAGCUUAAAUACACAAGGAUAUGCUUUCAAACGCAUUCAAACAAUUUUCCCCAGAUUAUCUGCAGCAAAAUUAAAAGAAGGAAUGCUCGUUGGACCCGAUAUAAGAAAAUUAUUACAAGAUGAAGAAUUUUAUGGUCAUCUGUCGGAUAUGCAAAAGACAGCAUUUGACUUUAUGCAGCUGGUUAUAUCAGAAUUCCUUGGAAACUCAAAAGCACAAAACUAUGCAGAAAAAAUAUUGAAAGCAUGCUAAUCGGUUUUAACAAUAUUGGCGUUAAGAUGUCACUAAAGCUGCAUUUUCUGCACUCUCAUCUCAAUUUUUUUUAAAGAAAAC